UAUAUAAUUUUAGCACCUCAAAAUAAAGUCCGUUAUCCUAUUUUGGCAAAAUUACAUUCACACCCUCAUCACGCGCUUAUAAUUUCUUCACGCGCCCGGGCGCGUGACUAAUUAUAAUUUUCACAUCUCCACGUCAUUAUAUGUCUUUUGAAAGUUAAGAACUGGUGUCAGGGACCCACGUAAAAAAAAAAAUAUAUAAAACAACCCUAAAUAAAAGCGCCCAAAAGACCAAAAUCUCACGAUAUUUUGAUCAGUGGUUUAUAUACCACCACGUGUCGAACGGACAGAAUCUGAACCGUAGAUUACAGGUGUGACGGGCAGACUGCCCAGACAGCAAGUAAAUCAAUAUCAGCUGUUAGAUCAGCGGUCAGAAAGUAAUCGACGUGUAAUAUCCUGCCCGUAGUUACAACGGUCAGAUCUUAUCGCCUUUAAGAACCAACCCCAACCCCUUCAAUCUUCGCUCAGUCUCAAACCCUAAAGCGCCAUCACCCCCACAAAUAUAUACAUACAAAAAUUCUGUAUCUAUAUUUAUUAUUCCCCAAUUUUCUUUUUAAUUUUAUUUCAUUUUUUCGAUUAAAUAUAUUACCGAUCUCCCCCAACCUCCACGUCGUCGUUUGAUACCUUGAUUGUGUAUAUAUAUAAUAUAUCCUAAUUAUAUAUAUACAUACACAAUUCUGUAUCUAUAUAUGUUAAAGGCGGAGAAGAACAGAUCGGGAUCUCGCCGGAAAGAAAAAUUGACCGGCGACGGAUGGCGUCAACGGUGUUAGCAAGCCGGAAUCAAACAAGCUAUAAUAAUCAUCAUCGAUCAUUAAUGGGAGAAAUCCCUAAUUAUACAAAUAGUAAUCGAAAUCUUAACCCUAACCCUAACCCUAAUCAAAAACCUAAAUCAUCAAACAAGAAAAAGCAUCAUUUUUCAACCAACGGCGGCGGCGGCCGUGUUCAGAAUCACGAGAUUAUUGUGAGUCAAGGGGCUGCUUCUGAUGAUGCUUAUUCAUAUAAUCAAAGAUUACCGCCUAAUGAAGCGAUUAAUGGUUUUAAUCAAUUGGUGACGUAUAACGUUGCUGCGUGUUCUAGAAACGAGAUUAAUGAGCUCCGGAAGAAAUUGGUUUCGGAUCUUGGCAGGAUCCGGAAUUUAAAUGAUCGGAUUCAAGGUGGGGAAUUUAAUGUCAAUGUUACAAACCCUAAUGGAAAAUUUAAGAAAUUGUCUGGGAAUAAACGGAUGGCCGGUACGACGUCGUUUGGAUCUGGGAAUAAUAAACAAUUAAUUCGUCAACAGGGUUUGGUUGGAAAUCUUAAUAAUAUUAAUAAUAAUAUAAAUAGUAAUAAUAAUAACGGUGAAGGAGAUGAGGGGUUAAUGAAGAUGUGUAGGCAGAUUCUGACAAAAUUACUGAAACAUAAAUCAAGUUGGGUUUUUAAGGUGCCUGUGGAUGCAGUAAAAAUGGGGCUUCAUGAUUAUCAUCAGAUUAUUAAGAGGCCAAUGGAUUUAGGUACGGUAAAAUCGAAUAUUACCAAAGGAUUGUACGGAAAUCCGCUUGAUUUUGCGGCUGAUGUGAGAUUGGUUUUCGAGAAUGCCAUGUUGUAUAACCCAAGAACAGAUGAAGUUCAUAAAAUGGCUGAUUCACUUUUAAGGCAUUUUGAAGAGUUGUUUAGACCCAUUCAAGAGAAAUUGUCUGUUGUUAGUAAUCAUCAUUUGAAUGAGUUUUCAGCUGUUGAUGAAUUAGAUGGAAGUUCUUGGGAUGAUAUUCCGACACCCGAUAGGUCGAAAAAGGCGAAAACUGGCGGUGGGUUUGCGCCGGUUCCUGCUCCUCCUCCACCUGCUGUAUCCAAUAAGCAAAACAAUCAUUCUACGGCGUCGAAUGCGAUAAUUCCGCCUCCUGUGGUGCAGUCGCCAGUGAGGACUCCUUCGCCAACGCAGCCAGCUGAGCCGGUUAAGCCGUCGUCUACGACAACAAGGGCUUAUGCGAAGCUGCCUAAGCCUAAGGCUAAGGAUCCGAAUAAGAGGGAAAUGAAUAUGGAAGAGAAACAGAGAUUGGGGUUAGGGUUGCAGAGUUUGCCACCUGAAAAGAUGCCACAGUUGUUGCAGAUUAUAAAGAAAAGGAAUGAUCGUUUGGCACAAGAGGGUGAUGAAAUUGAGCUUGAUAUUGAGGCUUUGGAUACAGAAACGCUGUGGGAGCUUGAUCGGUUUGUGACGAAUUGGAAGAAAGCUGAUAGUAAGGCUAAAAGGCAAGCCCUUUUGGUUAAUAGUGCUUCAACUGCUGUUGGCCCUAGUGUCUCUGCUGACAUUGAUGAUGUUCCUAUGGUUGAGAAAACAGAUGGUGGGGGGAUGAAGAAGAACAAGAGAGAAGCAGGGGAAGAGGAUGUGGAUAUUGGGGAUGAAAUGCCAGAAAGCAGCUUCCCACAUGUGGAAAUCGAAAAGGAUGAUGGUGUUGGUGUUGGGCAUCAUAUUCAAGCUGCUCCAAUUCAUGGAAAUGAUAAUGCUGGUGGCAAUGCAAGUAGCAGCUCAAGUGGAUCGAGCAGCUCAAGCAGUGGCGAUUCAUCUUCCUCCAGCGAUUCAGACUCUGGGAGUUCGUCAGGGAGUGACUCUGAUGCGGAUGAAGCACAAUCUUGACACGAUGAACGGAAUGUGCUGUGAAUCUACACCAAACAUUGCCAUUGCUAUCGUGGAUUGGAUGAAUGAAGCAACGGAGAAAAUGCUUGGCAGGAAACUUUGAUAAUGUGACAGCUCCCAUGGGAAGAUGUAAUUGCAAAAUGGAGGAGAUGAGAUGAGGGAUAGUAUGGAACCCCCUUGGUGGUCAAAAGUUAUUAAUUAGAUAGAGGAGAGUCAGGAGAUGGGGUUUAAUUUUGUUGUUUUAAUCAAUUAAUCCUUAUUGUUCAUGGUUUUUGGGGGUGGGUUUGCUGACCUUUUUUCUUUUAUAUAAAUACUACUAGGGCAGAGGUAGGAAGGAGAGAUAGAGUGAGAGGUUUCUCUUGUGUGUACAUAUGACUCAACAAGACAGUUUAGUUUAGUGGUGAUUUUCUAUCCAUCCGUGAUUUUCUUGGCAAAUUCUAAUUCUAUUGAUGUUAAUUCAACCCAUCCAUCCUUUCUUGUA